AUGCAGGCAGAACAUACCAGUGCUGAUACAAGAGGGACUGUAAGAGCAACAAAUUGGCAAGGCUCGCCGUUGAUUCCGCUGCCGAAUCCACUUUUUCCUUCUCCGGCUCCGUGGAUCGUGGGCCAUGUGGGCCAUGGCGUGGCUGAGCAUGACAGUGACAGACGCAAUAUCCCUUGA